AUGGUAGGACCGGUCGUAAAGUUGCUGCUUCUUAUUGCUGCAACUGCGGUUUUGGUUCUAUGGCUAAUAAUUGGCGUCUCGGCAAGCAUCCUUGCUGGUUUGGCUUAUGGCUUUCUGGCACCAGUAAUGGCUACAUUUGAUGCAGUUGGGGAAGGAAAAGAAAAGACACUUGUUCACUGUUUUUUGGAUGGAACAUGCAGCACUAUCACAGGAAGCUGUACAGUAGUCAGGGACGUGAAAGACAUGUUGGUACACUCAUAUUUUUCAAUCAUGGAUGAAGUUCGUCUUCAUGCACCUCCCGAUGGCAAGCCAUAUGAGAUAAGAUUGCUACAAAUUCCCGGUGCAAUAUUUGCUGCUGCUUGUGGGCUUGUAGUGGAUGCAAUAAUGUUCACACUAAUUGCAUUGUACAAGUUCCCUGUUAUGCUAUUCAAAGGAUGGAAGCGGUUGAUUGAAGAUCUUGUUGGCAGAGAAGGACCUUUUCUUGAGACAGCUUCCGUGCCGUUUGCUGGUCUUGCAAUUCUUCUCUGGCCAUUUUCAGUUAUAGGAGCUUUUCUAGCCUCUGUUAUCUGCAGUGUUCCUUUUGGUGCAUAUGCUGCCGUGGUGGUUUAUCAGGAAUCCUCACUUUUCUUGGGACUGUCUUAUGUAAUAUCAUCAGUAUCCAUCUUUGAUGAAUAUACAAAAGACGUACUUGACAUGGCACCAGGAUCUUGCUUUCCUAGGUUUAAAUAUAGGAAAGAUGAAGCUUCCUCACAUGGUGGUUCUCUCUCGAGGCCCGCUUCAUCCAAGGACAAGCAUGAUGGAAAGAAAGCUCCUCAGCGUGUAACAUCAUUUAAAAGUAGCUUUGAUGAGUUCAAUCCAUUCAAGUUGCUAGAUCACCUUUUCAUAGAGUGUAAGCACCGUGGCAAGGAUCUGGUCGCUGAAGGAGUGAUAACCCCAAAAGAUAUAGAAGGAACAAAGGCAGGCAAAGCCAGCACUGGAGUACUUAAUGUUGGGUUACCAGCAUAUGUUAUCCUUAAGGCACUCCUCCGAUCUGCUAAAGCCAAUUCUGAUGGUCUGAUUUUAAAUCAAAUCAAAGCUGAGAACUUCACAGAAGAAGAGGAAGCAUACCUUGAGAAGCAAGUGCUCUUGAUAAGUGAUCCAAAGCGCAUCAAGGAGAAUCUCAUUCGGCUUCCAGCAUUGAAUGAGCGAAAACAAGCAGAAAUAGAAGCAUUUGCUCGAAGGUUGCAAGGGAUCACAAAGUCAAUAUCAAGGUACCCUACAGCCAAGCGCCGUUUCGACACCCUUGUGAAAGCUUUUUCAGAAGAGCUUGCGAGGACAAUGGGUGGUAAUCAAUCUGCCAAUGGGUCUCAAGUCCGGAAGAUGAAAAGUGGCAUCGUCCGAAUGCUUAGCCAGAGAUCACUAGGGAAAACAACAGGCAUCCGUGGAGAUGAUCAUGAGGCCCAGCUGACAAGUGAUGGUUUAACUUCAUGA